CUUCCGUUUCACCAGAGAGAGCGCGUGGAAAUGAAUUUGAUAACACGAAAAAAAGUCCACACAACUUUUUAUCUACAUUUAUACUGAACACUGAUGGUAGAGUUUUCAGAGGAAUGGAUCGGUACGUGCUAGUUGUUUCUUUUAACCAAGAAGAGGAUAAAUGCGCGAAGGCGUUGGAGGCUGCCAAACAGAUCUAUGAUAAACUGGGGAACAUCUCCAAUUGUACUUCAAAACGGAGGGUUUCUUUGUUUCCAGCCUGCUCUCUGAGUGGUGAUCCAGCCUCACAGAGGUGGUAUUUUGCUGUCCAGACAUGCCAUGGGACAUCUCAGUUCUGCAGUACAGAGUGGGAGGAGCUGGGUAGUUGUCAGAAGAACGAUGAGCAGGAGGAAAGCCCCAGCACUAUGGAGGCCUGUCUCGGUGCUCUGGAUGACCAGGAGGAGAAGACUGACCAGCCUGACCCACAGCAGACACAGUUGUAUGAAGAGGCAGCAGAGGGACUACACCUGUUAUCAGACAAGCUUCCCCCUCCAGGAAAAGCUCUGCUAGAUGUGAUAUUUCUGGGUUUUGCUGAAGAAGCUCCUAAACUGAAGGACUUCCUCCCUGUGAUUGGCUCGUUGAAACACAUGCAGACAUGGCACUCAGCCAAGAUGACCAUAGUGACUGAACACCAAGCUGGGUGGCAGACGCCAGCCUCCCACCUAUCAGCCAGAGUAGUAGAUUCCAGUAGCAUCAUGACCUGUAUUGAUGAGAGGGAGUUAUGGAGAGGAGGUGUUCUCAUCAGAGAGGAAAAGUUUGCCUCUGAGGUGAGGUUUGAAGGCUUCUCCCUCAGAGCCCAGGAUAGAGAGACAUGGUACAGCCUGCUGCCUUCUGAUCCAGGAUCCCAUAACAACUCUGACCACAAGCUACACUCAGAGGUGUUCCAUUACUUCCGGUCUGUUCUAGACCUGGUUCAGUUGGUGACCGUGUCAGAUAUUCCCAGCUUCCUCCGCUCCAGCACAGAGUUUCACCUAGAACUAUCGUCCAAAUCACUGAGAGAUAAACGGCUCCUUGAUCAGUUCAGAUCACUGUCUGGAAAGAUAGGGGCCCUGUUCUCUCUAUCCUGUACGGUCAGCUCCAUGGCUCUACCCCCUGCCUCUCAGCUCAGCUCCCAGAAGUGGAAGGACUUCAUGGCUAAGAGACCCAAGACCCUGCCUGUUCCAUAUGUGGAGGUGAAGGGUGAGAGCGGACACUACUUCCUGUUGGUUCAGGGGUCAGAGGGCGGAGGCUGCAAGGCCCGCAUGAUACACUCAGCCAAUCAGAUCAAUGGAGCCGCUGCCAUGGCAACCGUCAAUGGGCUUCUGAAAGAAAAUUCAGUGUCGUCUUCAGGCGGUGCCUUCUUCAGUCGCCACGGAAGUUGA